AUGAAACUCGACGUAGACGCUUUGAGAUAUCUCUCAAAAGAUGAUUUUAGGGUUCUCACUGCUGUUGAAUUGGGCAUGAGAAACCAUGAAAUCGUACCUACUGAACUCAUUGACCGAAUCGCUCGUCUCAAGCAUGGAGGCACUUACAAGGUUUUGAAAAACUUGCUUAAGCAUAAAUUGUUGCAUCACGACUCUUCUAAAUAUGAUGGGUUUCGGCUUACCUACCUUGGUUAUGAUUUUCUUGCCAUCAAAACAUUGGUGAAUAAAGGGGUGUUUGUCUCUGUUGGUCGCCAGAUUGGUGUUGGAAAGGAAUCUGAUAUAUUUGAGGUUGCUCAGGAAGAUGGAACAAUUCUAGCUAUGAAGUUACAUAGGCUUGGCAGAGUCUCUUUUAGAGCCGUCAAAUCUAAGCGUGAUUACUUGAGACAUCGUAGUAGUUUUAAUUGGCUCUAUUUGUCUCGCCUUGCUGCACUUAAAGAAUAUGCUUUCAUGAAGGCUUUGGAAACACAUGGUUUUCCCGUUCCAAAUGCUCUGGAACAUAAUCGACAUUGUGUGAUCAUGUCACUCGUCCAAGGUUAUCCUCUUGUUCAGGUGAAGCAAUUACAAAAUCCAGAUACAGUUUUCGAGACAAUUAUUGGUAUAGUUAUUAGGCUAGCAGAGCAUGGUCUCAUUCAUUGUGAUUUCAAUGAAUUUAACAUCAUGAUUGACGAUGAAGAAAAAAUUACUGUGAUUGAUUUUCCGCAAAUGGUGUCUGUGUCGCACCGUAAUGCAAAGAUGUACUUCGAUCGAGAUGUUGAAUGUAUCUUUAAGUUUUUCAGAAAGAGGUUCAAUUUGUCUUUUCAAGAAAACAAAGAUGAUAACGACGAUUCUGAUGAAGAGAGAGACGAAGCUGGUAAACUCUGUUUUUCAGAAAUAGACAGAAGUGCUGGUUUUCUAGAUAAGGAACUUGCUGCAAGUGGCUUUAGUAGAAAAGAUGAGGAAGUUAUUCAGAGGUUUAUUGAAGGUGAGGCGGAAGGUGAUAUGGAUUCUGAUAGUGAAGAUGGUGACUCGGUGAGAAACCUGAAUGAAUCAGACGAGUUAAAUGUUGAUUCUUUAAAUUUGUUGGAGCAGGACGAGGGACAUGAAAGUCAUGGAAAAGUGGAGAGCAUUGAAGCAGGUGAAAGUAGCGGAUCUGAAAAGGAAGAGGAAAAUGAUACGGAGGAAAACAAUGAUAAUGCAGUGGAAGUUGAAGCUGAACUCACAAAGAGCUUAAGCAAGCAAAGACAACGAGCUAUAGCAUCAUCCCGUAGAGGACGGAAGUCACUUGCAUCCAGGAAUUCUUACAAAGACAAGGGUGGCAGGUCAUCUCACAGUUCUAAGGUUCAAAUGCAAAUGAGCAGCUGGUGA